AUGGCCACCAUGGAACUGCACAAACUACGCCAUCGUAGAGCCCACAGCGGCUCAUCGUCAGUCGAAUCAGAUUACGGCCCUCAAAAAACGCACUCCAGCACAGGCACUGACCUGCCCUCCACAUCUCCCCCAGCAUACUCUGACACCUCCGUUAUUUCGGAUUCUGACGUCCCCCCCCCCGAAUCCACAGACCCCCACUACAAGACCUACUCUGUCCACAACCUGGAUAUGCAGAACAUAACCCUCCACGCCAACCAGGACGGCCCAGCCCUCUACACAAUCAUCAACAGCACCUUCACGGCCGGUGCCCACUCCGUCGUCCUGCAUGCUGGCCCGCGCACCACCCCCCCCAUUGGAGCAGCCAACAUCUCCACCUUCAAAGGAACCAACCAGUUCGGUGUGCGCACAGGUGCCAGCACGGCCCUCGAGGGCAUGGAGGGCAUGGCGUGGGAAGAGCUGCGACGCACAAGCUCCUGGACGCAUGGGACGUAUGCGUUUGAAUGGAUGUGGGCAGAUGGCGAGCGCCGGAAAUACGAGUGGCGGCGUACGUCGUCGCCGCUGAUGCUUGAUGACCAGGCCGAUAUGGAGCUGGUGGAGAAGGGACGGGAGGGGAUGGUGCUGGCGAGGUAUACUAGGGGAGCAUUGAUACGGUGGACGGUGAGGGCGCGGUUGGGGGUGCGGAUUCUGAAUUCGGAGGGCGAGGAUGAGUGGGAGAGGUGGCAGACGGUUGUGCUGUUGACUGUAAUGACUCUGGUCGAGAUGUCGAGACGGAGAGCGAGGCAAAGGAAGAGCCCGUGA